UGAGCAGAAAAACAAGGGGAGCCCUCCACGAAGUCUCUCAAAUAGGAGCCUCAUCUCCAGAAUUCCUCAGAAGACUGCGAAUACCUUCUUUAAUCUUAAUCUCGCCCAAGAGCUAGCGAGGAUGCACGAAUUAGGACUCUGAGGGGUUGGGGUGGGGGAGAUGAGAGUAAAAUGGAAAGUGAGAGGAGGGAUUUAGAGGCCGAGCUGAAUGGAGAUUGGAGGCAUAUACAGACUGGGGGUGUGUGUGGGGCAUGUUUCUAGAAGAUACUGGACUGGAAGGAUGGAUGGGACCAGGAAGGUGAGGUUUGACAUUUGUUUGCUUCAGGGCAGGAGAAAAGAAGGAUUCAGAUCCACAGUUAGUGGGACAACAAGCUUCCCUAUCCCUAGCCUUCUCCAUGGCCGCGGAACCGCUGACCGAGCUGGAGAUGGCUAUUGAGACGGUGGUGAAGACCUUUUUCACCUUCGCUGUUCGAGAGGGAAAGAAGGGCAGCCUCAGCGUCAAUGAAUUUAAGGAGCUGGCCACUCAGCAGCUGCCUCACCUCCUCAAGGACGUGGGCUCCCUGGAUGAAAAGAUGAAGAGUUUGGAUGUGAAUCAGGAUUCUGAGCUCAAGUUCCACGAAUACUGGAGGCUUAUUGGGGAAUUGGCCAAGGAGAUGAAGAAGGAGAAAGCAGCAGAGAUCCGAAAGAAGUGAAGCUGACUUGGGGGGGGGAGGUUGGGAAGAGAGUAGGAGCAGGUAAAGAGGUGUUCCCUGUCCCCCUAAUAAAGUUGUCUUGAAAUAUAA